AUGCACAAUAGAGAACGGAUUUACAUGCUUGAUAACUCUAAAUUAGUUGAGUAAUUGUUCAAGAGAGUGCAUAGAUACGAGAAUAAAUACUAGUUGCUCGAGCAGGGAAAACUAAAAUAUCUUUGGAAAACUUAUAAAUUUGCACCAUUCAAUUCAGAGUAAAUCUGCAACAAAGAUGGGAUUAAAGAAUCAUUUGAAGAAUGUGAUGAUGGAGAAGCAGAAUCAACCAGGGGAUGUGAUGAUUAAUGCCAGGUAGAAUUAGGAUAUAGAUGCUAAGUUACUUCAAAUAAUGGAUCAGGCACAUUUUAAUGCAUUAAAAAAAAUGAAAUUUUCUCUGGGUAGAUAACUUCAAAAGUAACUCAGGUAAAGGACUAUUCAAACUAUCUAAUGGAUGACAGUCUUAACUCAGAAUUAAGAUCUAUAAAUUAAAGAAAUCUUGCGGAUUAUAGCUUGGCUCAAUGUAAAAAUGGAAAAUUAGAUAUAGGUGAGCAGUGUGACGAUGGAAUAAUGAUAUCUAGUGGUUGCAGUAAGGAAUGCAAGAUCAGACCUGGUUAUGGAGCUAACUUGGAGAACCAACCAUUGAUUUUUAUAGAUGUAGUGACAAAAAUCUUCAAGAUAUUGAUGCCUAGACUCUUGCUCAAGCGUAACUUUAGCAUUCAAAAUUACAUUAAAUUAGAUGCGAAAGGAUUUUCUUGGGAAUGGUAUUAUUCAAAUCAAAAUAAGUGCAAUAAAACAGAUGGAGUAUUAUCUUAAAAUGAGGAAUGUGAUGAUGGCGAUAUAACUCAUUCAGGAGGUGAUGGUAUCUAAAGAUGCAUUCAGAGUUGCACUUAUUAUGGAGCGACAUGUAUGGACAUGAAUAGUAACUGUGAUGAUGGGUAAAUAUAUCUAAACAAGGAAGUAUCAGCAGUUUAUGAUCAAUAUUUUACUAAGUUUAAAGCAAUUAGGUAUUUCUAUAAUACAACUUCUCCAACUGAAGCUGCUUAAACCUCACCAAUAACAGAAACUGCCACCCCAAUGCCAACGGACAGUUCCACAUCUCCUACUCCAACUACCAUUUACUAUGGAAAUAGCAUUUGUAAAGAAAGGAAUGGUAUUGUGGAAGAUGGAGAAAUUUGUGACAAUGGUUUGCCUUAUCAAAUGGGGUAUCCUUUUUUAUGUUAAACUUUUGAUAGAUGCGAUGACAACUGCUAUAUUAGACCCGGAUGGUCAUGUGUUUCAGAAGAUGGCCAUAGAUCUCAUUGCUACAAGUCCUGCAUUUUCGUGGGUACAGAAUGCUUAGACAGGAAUCAUGAAGAUGGAGAUGGGUAAAGAUUUUACUUUAAUUUAUAUAGUUGUUCUAAGGAUUGUCAAGUUGAAUGGGGCUACAGCUUCGAAAUUCAUAAGAUUUAGGGCUCAGAGUUCAAUAUUACUAUACACUACGAUGCUGGUUUGUUCUAUGAAACAAAUCCUCCUACAUAAACUACUAUUAAAACUUAUGAUCCAUAUACUACAACUAAUGGUCCAGGAACAUAAACAACAUAGACAACAUUUUAAACAAUGAAGCCAACAUUCAUAAACAACGACUUAAAUGCCAACUUAUAUUCCCACAUCUUCUGUUACUUAAUCGACAAAGUCAUAUACUUCUAUCUCAACACAAACAACAAAAAUAAUCACCUAACCAAAAACUUCUACUACAAUAAUUAGCACAAAGUCUUAAACUACAACAACAGUCCAAUAUACAACUACAAACUAACCUACAACAACAGUCCAAUAUACAACUACAAACUAACCUACAACAACCGAAGUCAAAUCAACAACUACAUUCUAACCGACAACAACCGAAGUCAAAUCAACAACUACAUUCUAACCGACAACAAUUGCAUCAACAAAACCUACAACAACAAUAGGACCCAAAACAACUUAAAUUGGUACCACCUAGCCAAUCACAACGGUAAGAACUAAAUCUACUACAAUAACGACAAUCAAACCAUAAACCACAAAAUUGACAACAAAUCGAUAAUCUUCUACAACUACAAUAAUGACUAUCACUAAGGCACCAACAACUACCAUUCCGUUAAGAACUGUGACUACAGUAACAAAAACUACAGAGCCACCAGAUAAUAUUCGGCAGAGACAGCAGAUGGAGAGGAAGUUUAAUGUUCAGAUAUGAAAAAGUGUCCUGAUGGUUCAAGACCACCUUGCAAUUGGAAGAGAAGAACAUACACAGACUGCAGAGAAAAAGAUAAUAACUCUCAUCACAAUAAGGAUAAGGAGAGAAGAUUCCUAUAAAAUACAAACAAUACUAACAGUAGCAAUAGUACAGCAGUAGCUACAUUGAGGAUAAAAACUAACUCAUUGCCAAAUCAUUGCUUCUGUACAUAGGAAUCUACCUAAUCAACAGAGAAUGACAUUGAUUUCGAAGUGGAGUAUAGAACUUCUGCUAAAAACAGCAAAAAUGCUAGAAUACUCACUGAAAGCAGAAAUUUAAUAGCAUUAGAUGGCAAAGAUCAAGGUACUGUGAAUUCUCUAUUAUGCGAAACAGCGUGGACUUCUACAGAGUUUGUAUAGCAAGUUAGUCCUUCCUAUACUGAAUACUCAGGAAAUUACAAAGAUAUUGUGGGAAUAGCUAUCAACGGAGUUCCUAUCCAUACGGGUAACUCUGAAUAUGGAUCAGACAUAUUCUUCCCUAAGAAGUACAAAGAUAACUUAUAAAGUGAAUUGACAGUUGAACUAGACUCUUGUCUCGGAAGUGUUCAAUUUCUAGGCUUCUACCAUUACUACGGAUGGUCACCUUGUAUUCUUCCAUCAGGCCCUAUAGCGACUAAGUCUUCAUCAAACUGCAAAGAUAUUGAUGAAUGCAAAAAGGAUAAGCUUGCAUAUUCAAUUUCUUUUAUGAAACCCCAAGAGAAAAAUAUGACUGUUAUCGGAAUAGCAAGAGAUGGACAUUCGAUCCUUGGUCCAUUCAGAAGUGACGGGUAACUUUGGGAACCUUGUGAUAUUGAUAUAUGCAAUGGAGUAGAAAUUGAAGGGGUCUACUACUACGUUACGACAUUAUUCCACCCCUACACAGUUGGAUGUUGGGGACCUGGACCAAUGAAAUAAGUUGCACAAUAGUGCUCAAAUAAUGUGAAAGUAUGCAGUCAGAGUAAGGCUAUUUUAUAUGCUUUUGAGACAGUCAUGCUUUUGAUAUUCAUUUAUUUCGCUAUUUUAUAUUGA